AUGGUUGAUUAUUCCGCCUGGAAGGUCGUCGACUUGAAGGCAGAGCUCAAAAAUCGCGAGGUCCCUCAGACCGGUCUCCGCGUCAAGCAGCAAUUCAUUGAUAAACUGGAGGAGCUUGACUCACAGACAGGUCAGACUGAACCCGCAGCUUCAGCUGUCGAAGAGGAAGAGACUUCCGCAACAGCGCCACCUGGCCCAGAUGCUACUUCGCAAGCACCAGUUCCCGAACCCGAACAAUCGCAGCCCGAUGAACCGAAGGAAGAACCCUCUGCGCCAGAGCCGGUGCCAGACACGGCAUCUGACUCGAAGAACGAAACAGAGGACCUAGCCCAGCAACACGCCGACACGGUAACCAGCGCAGAGUCAGAACGAGUCGAGAAUGACACAAAGCCCAUUGGAGAAGCGACCACAUCGGAUAAUGCGCCUCAGAAGGAAAAGUCUCCGGCUGCGGAGGCCCCUUCUGCCCAUUCUCCCGCAGAUGCGAAAAUUGAAGAUCCGAAGACAAAGACAGAGGACUCUGUCAAGCCCCAAGAAAAGUCAACACCAUCCGCCCUUCCAUCUCCCGGUACAAACACCGAUGUAAAUACCGAGCUGUCAACGCCCCUGCCCACCGAAGAGGCAUUGGAGGAUACACGCAAACGGAAGCGCCGAAGUCAAAGUCCCGCUCCUACCCUUGAAGAGAUCGCCAACAGGAAGGCUCGCGCGGAGGAAGCAGUGCCACACGUGCUGAUGAAAGAUGAUAAGGGAUACGAUGAUCAGAAGCCCACGGAAAAUACCACAUCGGAGAGGCUCAAUGACAAUGUGCUUGCCGAGCAGCAAGCGCCAUCGCCCAAGGCCACCGGCAAGCAAGACGCUCGUUUCCGCGGGUUGUUUGCAUCCCGCAAUGAACCUCCCAGACCCCCCUCUCCUUCCCAGGACAUUGUUAUGCAAGACGCAGACGCAGGGCCAGCACUACACGCCGCCACAUCGGCCCUCUACAUCGAUGGCUUGAUGCGCCCACUACAGCCAACUGCGCUCCGCAAGCACCUCUCCACCCUUGCAUCUGCCCCCGAAACUUCCUCUGACUCCGACCCCAUCAUUGAAUUCUACCUCGAUUCUAUCAAGACUCACUGUUUCGUCCGAUUCACCAGUACGGUCGCCGCUUCUCGGGUCCGCUCUGCUCUUCACGGAACCGUGUGGCCCAACGAACGAAACCGCAAGCAGCUUCGUGCGGAUUUCAUCCCAGACGACAAAGUCAAGGAUUGGAUUCAGACAGAAGAGGAUUCUCAAACCCGUUCUGGUCCCGCUACCCGGUGGGAAGUGAGAUACGAGACAUCCGACGACGGAACUACAGCUACGCUUGCGGAGGUAAGCUCUGGCGCUGCCGUACGCAGAGAGUCCGGAUUCAACCGCACUCCCCCUCUCGGUCCACGCAGUGAUCGUGAGCGCACGAAUCGCCGUCAUUCUCCCCCGCCCCCGGCGCCCGCCCCGAGACCCGGUCAGGGCUUCAAGCCUCUGGAUGAACUCUUUGAAUCUACGACAUCCAAGCCCAAGUUAUACUACCUCCCUGUGCCCCGCCCCGUUGCCGACAAGCGCCUGGACCAGUUUGAUGAGCUUAUCCGAAAGGGCGCAUUCCCUCGUCGUGGCGGCGAUGAGAUGCGACGAAUUACAUUCGAGAACGAAGAUCAGUUCGUGGACAUUGGACCGGAGAAGAUGGCACCUAGUUCUCGACCUGGAGCCGGACGUGGAAGGGGUCGUGGUGGACGACGUGGAGAUUGGCGCUAA